GCAGUACCGAGUGGGUUGAGCGAUUGUGUUUCAUGCUCGUACCUUGAAUUUGUUCUUUCCAGCUGACUUUUAAACUGGUAUUGGAUACAAUCCAACGCGAACUGUGAAUGUGUGAUGUUGUUGUUUUUGUUGUCUGUAGUGCGUCUUACUGUAGUGGCAAAAAGGGUAUUCUAAUUCGUUCCCAUCUCGUAAUAUCGUUCGUACGUACGGGUCCGAUGGUUUGUAACAUCUGCAUCAAACGAAACGUUCGAUGAGGAUCGUUUGCAAGAAAGUAGUGUCUACUGUCCGCAAAUAUUGACCUUGUGUAGUGUCGUGUGAAAGCCUUCUACGCGCAAACAUACUCACCAGGUAAGCCAGGUGCAAUAUAACCCACCACCGUAUGGUAAAUACGCCGCAUCCCUCACGAUCACGAUGGUGCUAGAAUCCGCUGACCGAGUCAUCGGUCAGUUGUGUGAGCUGUGGGCACAAAUUUACGACAGCCAUUCGUCGGUGGACAUUUAUCAGCGAACGGCGGAAAUAGAACAGUUCCUCGAAGGAUACAACCAGCUUAGCGACGGUGAUCGUUUGCAUCUUGAUCGCGUGAACCGGUACGAGAACAUUUCAUCCGCCUUAUCGCGGCAGCUUCUUCUGUUGAUAUACGAAAUCUGUGAUCCCACCGUAAAGCGGUACGCUCGUGUUGAUUCAACGUCCGCCGCUAUUCCACCCAUCGACAAGGUGGCUCCCAAGAGGGAGUAUAACUCCGAACUAGACAACAACUCGAAUGAGGAAGAGGCUGAAUUACCCGUUCAAGCGGAGGAUAGCAGCGAAAGCCGUUGCCAGUGGUUGAAGGAUUUCUUUCUCAAUGGUAUCGGUGGCCUAAUACUCAGGACACUAUCUAAAAUUGGUGCAAAAGACAUUGCAAACAGUCGCGAGAUAGCGGCCGUACUAGUACGUAUACUACCAACGACGAAGUGGAACACGGAUCCUUGUCUUUCCAGCGUGCCGCUGCAAUUGCCACAAGGAUAUGGAGAGUUUCUAAGGACUGUUUUAAAAAUGCGCAGCUACAACGGGGAAUGGCACCGGGAAAGCAUUAAACGAAGCACACAGAAUAGGACAACACAGUUAUCGACAACGUUAAUGCGCCAGCUGAGCGGUCCUAACACGUUCGCCUCGACGGUAGACUAUAGCAAAGCGGAACAUCACUUGCACCGUAACUCGAUCAGCGAAUCAGCGAAAACACUAACGCAGGAUGAGUUUACGCUGACCGUGUUAAACCUUCUGGAAAGUUUGAUCGUACAUGAAAAUGUGCUUACCAUCGAUGAAAACUCCGUCACUGUGUCCUGUUUGCGCGUUGCACUGGAACAACUGAAACGUCAGGACCGGUUCGAAGAGAGCAUGGAGAAUCGGGUCGUUAUACGCCACAAACUGCUCGGUCUUGUGAUGCUCUGUCUGAACAACAUGUUUUUUCUCCAAACGCUCGAUACGAACGAUCUUAAUCUGCGCAUCGUUGCUAUGGAUAUGCUCGAGCUGCUAAAGGAAGAAUUGCGCGACCAAAGUUUCGAUGCACUUUCUUCCGAGUUUACAUACAAUCUCAUCUACACGAUCGUUUCCGCUGUAAAUCAAUCGUUUCUGCAUUUUUGCGACAAUGUUGUCAGUGAGCAAAUGUUUCUAACGAUUUUUAAACUGCUUGAAAGUAAUCUGGACAUUAUCAAGCACACGUACAGCUUCCUACAGCUCGGAUCGAGGUAUGGUGCGAUCAGCAAUAACAACGGCGCCGUUAUACCGUGGAUGCAAACCAUGCAAACUUGCUCUUCCGGUUUGAUUGAAAUUUUGAUAACGAUGCUGCAAAAUUUCAUCUUCGCUCUUGCACCAACCAGAGCAAGCUGUAGAAGGACACGCAAAAGCCGCUUCCGUUUGCACCAUUCGCGACAGGAUGCACGCAAUGGGUAUGUGUGUGCGUUGGAAAAUUUGCUGCUCAAUCUGUUCCCCCAGGUGAAGCACUCCGACCAACGGUUGCUGGUGAACUUCUUCAAGGUGUAUCAACUGUGCUGUUGCAACACGAACGCACACACGCUGGAGGUGCUAAUGAAGCUAUCGAACGAUGAGCUAAUACCAAAGUUACGGCUGAACUUCGCGAGCCGUGCCGUCGUCUAUGCAAUCUUCAAUCGAUCGCAAUGCGAAACGUGCGAAUCAGAUCAUGCGGCGAAUACGUUCUACGAGCAGUUUACACGCACCCAUCGGGAGGUGUUUGAUGAGUUUAGGCGAACAGAAAAUCGAUCACGCAUGCCAACGUUUUUGCGAUAUCUGCUCGAUAUUGCUCGCGUUAUUCCGUACCGAUUACGAUCGUUUUUGCUUCAAGAAUUGGUGCUAAAGUUGCUCAACAGUGAGCUGCAUCGUUUGAGCGAAAGAACGGAAACGGAGCAACUUGUAUAUGGAUCAACCGCCGAAGAUGAUGGUUGGAAGGAGAUCGUUAAUGCGUGUCUGUUGAUCAUUUGUCGUGUCGUCGCGAAACAGGAACCACGGGAAAUGAAUCUAUUCUAUCGAGAGGAGAACCUGGAACUGUUGCGUGUUCUUAGUGGGCGUGUUGAGUUUACACACAGCAUGCACCUGAUCAUGACUAUUGGCAUUCGUGAUGGAUCGCUUCCGGAGGAGUUCGAGAAGAAGUUGUUCGAAAUGCUUUUCGAUCACUUGGAUGAACAGAUCACUUAUAUGGGAAACCUUUUCGCCAAGAUUUCCGACAGUAAGGUAGGAGUUUUGCUUAAAACUGUUGGAAAAACAUCGCCAGGAAUUGGUAAACGAUGUAAAAUAUCACUGGAAACGAUGCUUCAAUUACAUCUGGAGCACUGGAAAACGGUUCGCCAACUGUUGAGAGAAAGUGAACGUUUCCAAAAGCGAUUCUUGCAACGGUACGAAGGUGUGCAUGGAUUUAAGCAAUGUUUGGAACUGGCCCACAAUCUGGCUAGUGUGUGUCUUUUCCAUAGUAACACUAAUUCUUCCCACGAACCGGAUGUAUUGCUCACCGUAGCACCUUCUCCUUUGGUGACGAACCACAGUGAAAAUCUUCAAAAUUUCGAACCAGAAAGGAAAAGCGUACUUAACAUCUUCCAUUUCAAUGAUCAGCUUUUGGAUGGUUCCUUAUCCAGCUUGUACUAUAGUGCUACAGGAGAUGUAAGCAACAUACACAGGUUGGGCGUAGAAUCUACUACACCUAGUGCCGGCUGGCUGGAAGAAGAGGACGAAUAUUCCUUCUUGCGUGAACUCCAACUCGCCACGAUCAGUGACGAAUGGCAAAGGGAAUUUAUGUUGCCUGCUGGUACAUCGACUUGUAGCGGCAGCAAACUGGACAAGAAAUGGUCCCUCUCGGAACUGUUCAACAUACGGCAGAUGUUUAGCCACCUGAUGGAAGAUAUUCUUGGUGGUACCGAUACCGAGCAGCGUGACUUAAUGUCGAUGGAACGCCGCCUAAUGGCUUUGCCCGACGAUGCAAGAAAGCUGCUAACGGAUCCGGGAAACCCAUCUAUUAAGAAAAAGUUAACAAACCUGCUCGAAACUAUAAUGGCUUCAAUGCAGCUGCUUAUGAAUAGUUUAACCGAUGGUGCCGUUGAAUGUGAAAACCUAAAACUAGAGCUAGCAAACACGAUGCAGGUUGCAUUAAUUGAAUUAAAAAAACUUUUGCUAAACUGUGCUACAAAGGACUGGAACUGUCCCAACACGGCAAACAAUGUUAUCAACGUACUGCAUGCGCUGCUAAAGGUGGCCGAAAUGCGGAAAGAAUCAACCCCAGCGAUGACGGCGAUACGGCAAGAGAUCGAUUCCGGACCGGAAAGAAGCCAAUAUGCCAAAGUGUCUGUGCAUGAGGAUGAGAUUGAACAGCUAUCGGUGCCGCUGUAUCACGACGAUGAAACCGAUGAUUUAAGCUCGACGGAUGAAUCGUAUACAACCGCACGUGAAGAUGGGUACGACGCGGACGUAGAAAUCGAUCCCUAUUGUCCGACGGACAUGAUCGGACGAAAAGACACCGCCGGUGGGGUGAAACUGUGUAGCACAAACCGUUUGGUAAACGAGCAUAUCUGUACGAUCGUGACGGAGAUUCUGGUUGAACUUUCGGGCCGUUGUGUUGAACGUCCCGAACACUGGUGUCCCGUACUGGCACAGAUGGUUGUGAAGCUAAACAUCAUACGCAACCAUCUUGGAGGUUCACUGUAUCUAAUUCGUGGUUUUGCAACGGUGCUGCAGACGAGUGAUGCACGGUUAAAGGAGCUUCAGGCGGCAAUCGUUGAUUUGAUCGUCGAUCUGGAUGUUCCUGAGGUGCUGAUCAAGUUUAUGCAGCUGUUAAGCCAUAAGGAUCCCCCGGUACAAUUGAUUCUUACGAAGCUAACCAAUCUGUUUGAAGCCGGUUCCGGUGUGGAGUGCUACCAGUGUGUGCAAUUCCCAGUGCUACACGCUGAUCGUACAUUUUCUGCAUCAAGCGAUGUACUUUUGGCCAAAAAAAUCACCUUCCUCCGGGAACAUCAUUUGUGUUUCAACGUUCACAGUGGAUUAACCGAUGCUUCCACGAUCGUGCCAUUAAAUUACGCAAACUUCUACCCCUGGCACGGAAACGGGUUCACCGUGUCGGUUUGGGUUCGUGUGGCACAGCUCGCUGAUCGUCAGCAAACAGACUUCACACACCUUUUGUCCGUCGGUAGCGAAAAGCAAAUGUUAUCGAUUUAUUUCAACACCCAGCGUCAGUUGGUGGUGCGCUACAAUAAACCGGAUUGUCUUAUAACACCGGCCAACACGAAGCAGUAUCUCAGCAAGGCUAUCAGCAGAACGGAGUGCUGUGACAACUGUGCCAAAGAAAUGCAACACUUGUGGAUGUACAAACAUUUGCUGCGGGGCAUUACCGAUGCAGUAUCGCACACGUUCAUGCUCGAUACGCCACGUGCGCAGUGCGUUUAUUGCUUCAAGCAGCUACCGGUCGGACAGGGACGGAAGGAUUCGGUCGAACAUAAUGCGGAGCUGUCGCUAUCCAAGCGCGUCGACACCGCAACGGUGGAUAUAAAUCUACGCCAAUGUACGGUCGGGCAGGAUUGGUGCGUCCCCGAAGGAUGUUGGUCAAUGUUAACGUUCGCCGUGCAGCAGUUCGACGAAGAAGUGCAAGUAACGGUCACGUACGACGGUGUACAACGGUUGGCACAGUUUUCCCUACCGAAUCCCUGCAAGAUACACAUCGAUACGGAUCUAACCGUGCUCACCGUAGGACAUCGGGCUAGUGAAAUGAAUGAAUGUGCCGUCGGGUACGGACUGUCCAGUGUUCACGUGUUUAGCCGCUGCAUUACGGACGAAGCUGUGUUGGCAAAUCUGUACGCAAUCGGACCAAAUGUCACGAAUUUUGUAGCAUUCGCCACCGGGUACAUGAUACCGAACUAUGGCACGCUAAACUUAUCCAAACUCUCGGUCAACGAUCUGCGCAUGGUCGGCUCGCUGCAACUCUUGGAGCGGACACACGUCGGAUAUCUGACCGCCAAUAAAAUGGAUUCAUUUGUAGGUCGCCAUCAGAACGUUGGUCUCAUGACGUUUGCUGGGAAGUUGAGGCCAAUGGAAAUUGAAUCCCUGCAACGAUCGUUACUGAUCGCUGGCGGUGUAUCCGUUAUGCUCGUAUACUUCGCCCGUGUGGUAGAGAUUAGUGACACACCGGCCCUACAUGUUGCGGCACUCAAGUUACUGCUACGCGUCGCACACUCUAAUCAAGAUUUCUUUAACGAAUUUGUACAGUGUAACUACCUCGAACUGAUCGGAGUGGUGCUGAAGAGCAAAAAGUGCCACAAAGAUAUUGCACUGCUGACGGCACUGUUGGAGGUGGCAUUUGAUCAACCGAUCGUGGCAAAGCGAGGCGAUCAUUAUCGCGUACUGGGAGCAUCAUCUGCGCGCAUCCGCUACCCUGGCAUGAUAACGUUCCUGUUGGAAAACUUUCAAAUCUGGAUCGACCAGUCAGAGGAAGUGCUUGAUCUGGUACUGUCCACGCUGGCUACGGCCACACGCGAUAAGCAUCCGGGCAUGAUGUACAACUGCCAGCGCUUACAGGACGCUUCGCUCGUGUCGGCUUUAAUCGAUUUUUGUCGCGUAAACUUUGUUAUACCAGCAAAAACGGUAAAAAUUUCACGCAAAGCGGCGGAUUUGCUGGUUUCGUUGAUCGCGAUCCUGUCUUCCACUCCACCGAAGGUGGCACUGUUGAACGAGAUCAUGGAGCUGCUGCUGCUGAUGCAUAAGCCCACCGAUAGCUACGUGACCCACGAUCGUCAAAAGUUUUACUUCAACAUUAGCCCGAACCAGUUCGGUAGUGGCGGGAAACGAAGCGAACGGUCGGUUACGAGCAGUAGUGGUGCUAGCAGUGGACCGACAACACCCAAGAUGCAGCUACGGGAUCGUCGUCUACGGCCACAGUCACAGUUGCGUAAAAUUAUACCUCUUACAAUUGGUUCCGCUGGUAGUAGCUCCCUCGAGUCAGCAACAACGAGCUUCAUAAUAGACACCAGCCAAACCGCAACGACCAAUGCGAACAGUAGCAUAGGGACGACGGUAUCGACCGAUGAGAAACAUCGCAGUCCAACGGCAAAUGUACCGAAAAGUCCUAAAACGAACUCUCCCGAUGGUGGUGUAGGCAGUGAGGAAUGUUACGAAAAGCUAAACAUUGCCAUUGCCGAAGGUAAGCUGAGGCGAAAAAGUUUACUCGACAGUGUCGACAAACGGGGCAGCGGUAAAUGGAAGCUAAGGCGAUUGAAAAGUACGCCCAACAUAAGAGCAAACUCCGGUAGCAGAAAGAAACAAAUCGGAUCGCCACGCAUUGGCAGUAGCGGAUCACCGAGAGCAUGCCCUCGGAAUGAUCUGAACCGCGUCAGCGGCCAGCAUCAAUGGCAAAGCGCACCAAAUUCGUCAUCAUCGUCCGCGACAUCCGCCGCGAUAAGAUAUAAGUUUUUCGAACAAAACUACUUUGCCACCGGGAACGACUUUUUGCAGGAAAGCUUCCUGCGCGUCAUGUGCGAUUUUCUGCUCAUCCUGCCGGACCGGGAUGCGUGUAAAUUUUUAAGCGGUGAAAAUCGUAUCCUUGAAACGAUGCUCAUACUGGCGAACAAUGGUAACAUACGCAUUCGUACCAUGCUGCUCAACCUGGUAGCGGUAAUUGAUGAUCGAAUCGAUAGUGCACGGAUGGGCAGCAGUAGCCCAAAUGGAAGCGCCAUGAGUCAAUCGGGUGCCGGCGGAUCAAUGUUCCAACAGUACAGCGAAGAACAGUCGAAGGUGUUUUGGUACCAUCUGGCCAAUCAGAUCGGAACGCACAGCGUCAAUGCGGAGCUGCUCGGUAGUUGCUAUCGGUGGAUCACGAAAUCAAACACACCGUUAACGAUGGAUCGAGGGGAAGAUCAUCCGUUGGCUACUCUAUUACAGGACGGUUCGGUGGAAGUGGUGCGCGAAAAUGGCCUCAACGUGUUAAUAGCGAUCCUUAUACAGGCACACAUUGAUCCGACGCUGUUUCGCAGCGUGCUGCACGUGAUCGAGUACAUCUGUACGAAGCAUCGUCGACGCGCCGGUCAGCAUAUGAUCGACAAUGGGCUCGUCUGGGCACUGGUGAAAACGGCGGUAAAAAUGAACGAAAAGGAAGAACUCAUCCAGGAGGAAAGUCGUACCUACUUGCUUGAAUUUUUGACCAGCUUUUCGCAUCUCAUGAUAUUGAACAACGUCGCUAAUCCUUUCUGGGAUUUGUUAAACGGGUUAACGGUGGUCCAAAAGCACAAAAACGAACGUGUGACGAAAGCGGUACGCGAUCUUCAUGCAGCGUUAUUAAGAAAUGUGCUGCAAAUAUUCAUCUUUCGUCCAAAGCAGUCGAUCAUUGGCAACAAGAAUACUUCUUUCACUGUCGAGCUGGUAGGAUGUAAUCUCUCGAAAGCGGAAAUAAAGACACGUUUCAACCGACUGCACGAUAAGGCAAUACAAUUCGUCACAAACAGUGAUCCCGAAGGCGAUCUGUCCGAUGCAGAAAUGGCUCUCGUUCGCCACUUGAUGAACCGUACCUUGAACGGCAAUCCGCGCGGUGGUAACAUUAUUCUCUGGUGUCUUUUACCUAAACGUACAAUCCGGUUGAAAAUCUACACGAUCCGUCAGCUGGGACACUAUCUGGAAAGCGGUGGCAAUCAUCUGUCGGCAAUCUGUGACGUAAAAAUGUUGAAAGUAUUCGUACAGAGCAUACUGCUGCUUAAUCAAAAGCACAUCCCAUUGGAAGAUUUGCGGUUGGUAAACACGUUCUAUCAAUCCAUUGACGGUGGCUUGUCGCACGGUGCCAGUUGGAACUUGACGCAAACGUUAAAAGAUUUCGAAUAUCUGCGAGCCAUCAGCAUGAACGAUCAAGAGCAAACGAUAAUGAAAUCGAUCGCACGGCAAGAGAAACUGAUUUACUCGUGUACGGUGGCGGCUAUGCAAAUAACACGCAACAGCGUCGAAAAGCAGAAUCGGCUGCGGAAGGAGUUGAUCAUACAGCUGCGUAAGGAUAACGAUUAUCGCUUUUACGACCAAUGGCACCAGUUGGUUGGGCGGAUGACGCACGAAGAUGCCCCUUGGUAUGCUGCCCGGUACUAUCCGAACUCAUGGGAGCAGGACGACACGUUCGGGCCGGAUAUGGCGUUAAAACGAAUGCGCCGCUGUCAGAUGACGAUCGAUUCACGAUUCUUGCUGAAGGAAGCAAUGCCGGAAAGUAGAGAAGAGCAGGAAAACGAACGUGAACACACACCCUUGCUGGCGUAUCUUUUCUCGAACGAUUACCGGCAUGAGUAUUCGGUCGAGGAUCAGGUACUGUACACGUUCACUGUGCGCAAAACCUCUGCCAACCAAGAGCUGGAGUGUGAGUGUAUAAUAACGAGCACGGAGCUGGUGCUGAAACCGUACGAAGCGGGUGAGCUGGAGAUAUAUGACUUGCACGACAUUACCAAAAUAUGGACCAAGCGGUACGAGCAUCAAGAAUCCGCCGUGGAAGUAUUCUUGAAGUGCGGCAAGUCUCUGUUCAUUGUGUUUGAUCGCGAUCCGAGCGAACGGGAUACGUUUGAAGGAUUUUUCCACGAUCUUGUGGCACGGUGUAGCCGGCAAGAGCUGGACCAGCACACGCAACAGUGGCGCGAAGGUACUCUCUCAAACUGGGAGUACCUGAUGCUACUGAAUCAAAUCUCUGGUCGAACGUAUCACGAUCUCAUGCAGUAUCCCGUGUUUCCCUGGGUAUUAGCAAACUAUGACACGCGGACGCUUGAUCUGCUGGCGGAAAGGAGUUUUCGUAUCCUGGAAAAGCCUAUCGCGGUACAGCACCGUGAGCUGGAAAAGCAUUACAUCAACAACUAUAACCAUUUGCGCCAAGCGGAGAGUGGUGAUCCGAAUGGUGGACGACGGAAAAUUCAACCAUAUCAUUAUAGCUCACACUAUUCUAAUUCCGGCACGGUACUUCACUUUUUGGUGCGAGUCCUUCCGUUUACAUCCCUGUUUUUGCAAUAUCAGGACGAUAGCUUCGACAUACCGGAUCGAACGUUCCAUUCACUGCAAACGACGUGGAAUCUGGCAAGUAAAGAUUCGCCAACGGAUGUGAAAGAACUAAUACCGGAAUUUUUCACCUUUCCCGAGUUCCUCGAAAAUCAGGAAGGUUUCGAUUUCGGUACACGGCAAUCGGGAGAGCCGGUUAAUCACGUCGAGCUGCCUGCAUGGUGCAAUGGUUCGGCACGUUUAUUCGUUCUGAUUCAUCGACAGGCGCUGGAGUCAAACAUUGUGCGGCGCCAGUUAAGCCAUUGGAUUGAUUUAAUCUUCGGUUACAAGCAGACGGGCCAGGCAGCGAUCGAUGCUAUCAAUGUGUUCCAUCCGGCGACAUACUGUGAUUUUACGGCGUCCGAUAUUGACGAUCCGGUCAUGAAGCUUGCGCUGGAAACGAUGGUCAAAACGUACGGACAGAUGCCACGUCGUCUGUUCGACACGGCCCAUCCACCACCGGCAAUGAAUCCUCUCAUUGCGAACCCUCCCAAAGUGUUGGAAAGUGUCGUUGGUUUGCGGUGGGGAUUGUACUGCGGCAGUCCCAUACUGGCCGAUCCGAAACUCGCUGAUGUGUGGGAAAAACCGCCGAAGGAACUGUUGGGCGUAGAAAGAGGCACACUCCCACCGGCUACACUAGUUACGCUGGAUGGACAAAAGGUGUUUGUUAUGCCGGAAAAGAUGAAUGUGUUUUGUGCAGCAACGCAAGGAACUGGUGCGAAGAAACACCACACCAUCAGCUGGGGUGAAACGGAUGAUCGACUGAGGAUACGGGCGCUCCAGGAUAGUGGCACAACAGAACGGGCGAAAGAACUUUUCUACGGUAGUAGUAGCUAUGCCUACGAUCCAAUCACGGCCUGCGGUACCGAUCCGUACUGUACGAGUAUCUUUUUCGGACACCGUUCCGGUCGUAUUGUUGCGUUUCAGCAACGUUCCCGCAGAAGGCGUGUUUCAUUUUUCAAUCAGAAUAUGCAACCGGCGGUGACGAUGAUGUCACGAUCACGAUCAAGCUCGUUCCGACGUUGGAUCGAUCGGAAGAGCGCUAAUCUGCGGCGUCGGCUAGAAAUGGACCCGGACGAACAGCAGCAACAGGCACAGUCCGAACAACGACUACCGCAGGACGAUCAGAUGGAGUGGGCCUAUCCGAUACAGCUGCUCAAGCAUCGUGCACCGAUUAGUGCGAUCCGUAUAUCGAUGGAGUACAAGAUCGUUGUGAGCGUUUCGGUCGACGGUUGUGCUGCCAUUUGGGAUGUGAAUAGUUUGGUGUACGUACGUGAAAUACCCAGACCGGUCAAUAUGCUGCAUUCGAUGAUCAGCCAAAUUGCCAUCAGUCCAACGUUAGGUGAUAUUGUGCUCGUACACUCUGCUAAUACUGGGCACGGCCGUUCGGUGGGGGGACAAGAAUCGUGGAGCAGUGCAACGCUGGUGGAAGACGACGAUAGUUUCGAGGUAACGGAAAAUUACAAUGCGGACUAUGUAAACAUCACGAUGGGUACGAACCGUCGUGAUCAGUUGCGCCUGUAUACUGUCAACGCGCAAUACGUUGAGCACGUGUUCGUCGAGAGUCCGAUACAGGCGAUAACGUACUCAUCAAUCAAAGAAGGCUGCGGUGUAAAUUGUAUCGUGGUCGCACUUGAAAGCGGUAUUGUGCGGUUUUACUCAAGCUGGAAUCUUGCACUGCUACGUGAGGUUAACGUCGAACCUAAUGGGGUCAAGUGCGCACUAUUUUCUAAAUAUCAACAUCUGCUGCUGCUCACAGCAAACAAUACCGUUCAAACAUGGACAGCCGAAGGUCUUCCCGGUGUUUUGCCAAGUAUACAGGAACCAUAUCAGUACGGUGUUUAGAUGAACGAUGGAAGUGUUUGGGCAUUGAUUGGGCGAUAAUAAUUUACCUUCACGAAACAACGUGGAAUGUUUGUUGGAUAGUGUGUACAUUGUUGAGUGUUAAAGUUUUUCAAAUACUAUUACAGUUGCAAUACGUAACAAUUGAAUAAUGUUAAGAGUGAAAUCAAAGGCAAAGAAAUACAUUUCUAUCCAUUUGGUAUUAAUAA